AUCGUCCCAAGCAAGUAAUAGGAUAUUGUAAAUAGGAUGGUCCGUUCAAAAGGGAUUCCUUACAAGCUCGUGCCAAUUAUUGAAGCCAAUUAAAGAAACAAAUAGUAAUAAUUGAGCCAAUUGUUUUUGUUCUCCUUCCAAGUCAAAACCCUACCAAACAUUUGACAAAGAGUCCUUCAAUUAGCACAACAAACCUUAACUUUAUUAUUCUUUUAUGAUAUAUCAAAAGCUACAGCCCCUUACAUCUCUUGCGCACAACUUGUUAAAUACAUGGCAAACGGAUCCCAUUUGGCUCGUUGCUAAUCAAACCUGCGAUAAGAGAACUUUGAGAAAAUCAUCAGAUACUGAUCCAGAGGGAAUUUAAAACGAUGAGUACUGUGGCCGUCGUAAGCAAGAUGUACUGUUCGAGCUCACAGGCGGUGCUGGUGGUGAGGAGGCGGCCGCAUGUGGUGAAUGGCGGUGGCUUCGUAGUGACAGACUGCACGCAGAAGGUGGUUUUCCGAGUUGACGGCUGUGCCACGCUUGGCACCAGCGGGGAGCUCGUCCUCCGGGAUGGACAAGGCAAUCCACUCCUCCUCAUCCGCCGACAGGGAGGUGGGGUUCUUCAGGCUCUGAGCAUCCAUAAGAAAUGGAAGGGAUACACUUGCAACUACGAAGACUCGCAGAAGUUGGCAUUCAGCCUAAAGGAGCCCGUAAGUCAUCAAAACUCAAUAUGCUUUGGGAAGAAGAAUAAUAAUCAGAUCAGAAUCAGCCUUGAACCCCGAAAAAGCAGCAGAGAUUGGAACUUUCAAGUUGAUGGCUACUUCCCCGAUAGAGACUGCAGCAUCGUCGACUCUAACGGCCACACGAUAGCAAAGGUCGGGGUGAAGACGGAAGUGGACGAGCUGAUGGAAAGCAAGGACAUCUAUCACGUUACCAUAAGAGCUGGAGUCGACCAAGCUUUCGUGUUUGGGAUGAUUGCAAUUCUCGAUCACAUCUACGGCGAAUCCACCACUUGCUAGAGAUCGACCAAAGAUUGAUCUAGCUGACAAAUUAUUAUCAGCCCACCCAGCUAGAGUUUGAAGGUUGGUCUAUAAUUCUAAUAUGGUGUCAAAUUUUUCGUUAAUUUGGACAUAAUCGAGGUCACGGAGGGUGCCGAUGACUCAAUCGGGGGUGGUGGCCGGGAUCGUGGCUCCACCCCUUGGAAUCGAUAGAACUCCCAACGUCGGCGCUCUCCGUGGCCUCGAUUCCGUCUAAAUUAACAUAAAAUUUGACGCCGUGCUAGAAUUGUUAUCAAAUCGAAAAUUUUUACAUUUUUAAAUUGAAAAAAAAGUUUGUUUUAAAACUGUUAUUUUUUUUGUUAUUAAUUCAUUAAUUAAUGAUCAUAUCAUUUAUUUUUUUGGGAUAAAUCCUUCUUGUCACGUUACGGAAUCACCUACGAACCAAAAGCAAUGCAUGCAUGAUAAGUUACAUCAAGAAGAUGUCCACGCGAUUUCUCUGUCUCGCUUCUCUUUUCCCUUUCUCAGUUAUCCAAUUAGGUGAUGUUGCCAUUG